UUAACGUUUACAAUUGGAAUCACGCGGUUUUGAGUGGAGGAGAUUUAUAAAAAAUAAUUGACAAGAUGAAAUUCCUACUCUUGGCCAUCUUCGUUUGCUGCGCCCUUUUCUUGGCCGUCAACGCUGUACCCGUGGAAGAAGCCAUUCCAGAAGGCAUUGAAGGUGUUGCCCACGACACGGUUGAAGCCACCGAUGAUAAGAGCGUCUUAUUGAAAUUGGCAUUGUUGAAGAAAUUGCUGUUCUUGGGCUAAUUCUUUGCAGCUGUCAGUGUUAUUAUCCUAUUGCCGUUAUUUUAUAAGUUCCAAAAAAAAAAAUGAAGCUACAUAUUACAUAAUAUUAUA